AUGCGCCCCUGUACCGCCUCCUCAUGCUGCUGCCAGGCCUGUAAUCUGCCAUGGGCCCCCGUACCGACUCCUCAUGCUGCUGCCAGGCCCGUAAUCUGCCAUGGGCCCCUGUACCGCCUCCUCAUCUCUGCUGCUGCCAGGUCCAGAGUGUGUCAUGGGUCCCUGUACGGCCUCCCAUUGCUGCUGUCUCUAUCGCCACACUCUGCCAUGUGCCACUUUCAGGUCUCCUCACACUGCUGGUGGUUUCCAUUUUUGUCAUAGGGUGCUGUAUGGCCUCCCAUUGCUGCUGCCUCCACCGCCACACUGUGGCUCCACACUCUGGUUUUGGCCCCGUGACUGCCCAAAUGAGUGAAGUGUGCGGUGAUUCUAAGAUCGACGGCACUCAUCUGCAUGUCAUACUGCCUGACAGUAUUAUUUCUCUUCCCCAGAGACUCCAAGGGCAUUUAAAUUAAAGGUACAGUGUUCAGCACUAAUAUUA